GAAACCGCCGAAACUCCGAGGCAAUAACAACUAAUUUACGUGGGCUGGCUCCAAAGCGUUUAGCUAAAAGCCAUGGCGUUUGUUGUUAGGGUGUUCUUCUUAUCCGCAUUAGCGUAUACAGCAAGAGCUGGAGUUUUACAUGGUGAUUCAUAUUCACCAUCUAUAAGUGCUCCGCCGACCUCAUACAGCGCAUCAGCGGGUCAUUACAGUCCAUCUGCGCCGUCGCCCACGAUUGAUACAACGCACAUCCACAGCUCUCCACUGGGUAAUUUAGGAGGACACGGUGGUGCACACCUGUCGGCGUCAAGCUACUCCGGAUCUGCGAUCGGCGGCCCUGCACUUUCAGGCCCGAGUUACUCUGGAGCUGGCUCAUCAUACGAUGAAGGCGGUCCCGGCUUGCCCCUCGACGAUACUCACUCACCUGGAGCCGGGUCAGAUUACGGUGGCGGCGGUGCGGCCCUUGGAUCACCGCGAGUUAUCGGUUCCUCUGUAAGCGUUGGCCGUCCUAUUGCUGCAGCCUCUAGAUACGAGCUCCAGUCCGUCGUCCAGGAUGUCAUCCGUCGUAUACCAAUCGAAGUGACCCGACACGUAAAGGUCGCCGUACCUGUGCCAAAGCCCUACCCCGUACGUCAGGAAGUAAAAGUGCCAGUGCCUCAACCCUACCCCGUUCACGUCGAUGUCGUGAAGCAUGUACCUUACGAUGUGUACAAGACGCAACAUGUUGAAGUCGAGAGGCCAGUACCUUACGAAGUAAUCAAGAAAGUUCCAUUCGAGGUGAUCAGGAAAGUGCACAUACCCGUUGAAAAACCUUAUGAAGUCAUCAAGAAGGUCCAUGUACCAAUAGAAAAGAUAAUAGAAGUACCCGUGGCUAUAUGGAAGCCAUACCCCAUCCAUAUCAUCAAGCACGUGACCCACUACAAGAAGAAGAAAUGCUGCUGGUGA